UGCCCCGGCCCCAUAAGAAGCGCAGCGCUGCGGCGGUGGUACCUAGUAGUGUUCUUCGGAGCACCGCGGCGGGAGGGAGGAUGCAGGCGGUGCCCGGGGCGCAGCCGGUCCGGCCGUUCAAGCUGAGGAAGAGUUUCGCCACCAGGCUGGAAGAAGUAGCAGGAAUCCGGGCGAAGUUCCCAACAAAAAUCCCGGUAAUAGUUGAGAGAUACCAUAAAGAGAAAUACCUUCCUCUUUUGGACAAAACCAAGUUUCUUGUUCCCGAGGAACUAACCAUGACACAGUUCAUAACCAUCAUAAGAAGCAGGAUGGCUUUAACAGCUACACAAGCUUUCUACCUGCUGGUGAACAACAAAAGCCUAGCCAGUAUGUCCUUAACAAUGGCAGAAGUGUACAGGGACUACAAAGAUGAAGAUGGCUUUGUGUAUAUGACAUAUGCGUCCCAGGAGAUGUUUGGAUGCUUUUUACCUGCUGCUCAAGGGAGAACUAUGGAACGCUUUCAAAAAACUUAAGGUUGGGACCAUGUGCUGCACUGAAGCAGUUUGCUAUGAAUCCUGCCUGUGACAUGAACCUUGGAGAUGUUCCUUCCAAUAUGAGCUCUGCAAUGAGGAGUUAUGACCCAAAAGCUGGCAGGACCAGCUAAAGGCAGCAAUGGUGGCACACUUUUUUCUAGAUGAUAAUUUGGAUAUAUUUUUAUAUUUGAAGAUGCUAUGGGUGUUUCUGGAACUGCACCUCCAUUUUUUUAAUAUUUUUUUUCAAUAUCAAUCUUUAUGUAACUGAUUUUUAAGGUGUCCUUAAAGCCCAAGUCUAACAGCAAAAUAAAGAAGCUUUUAAGUA